GAGACAAAAGCGACAGCGAGAGCGAGAGAGAGACAGAGGGAAAAACAGGGAAAAACGACAUCGCAGAACUGUCUCACCGGCACGGGUCACACGGAACAUGGAUUUUCGAAAGCGCCUGCUGUGUAUCGCACGCCCCACUGCUAACUUGGUUUUUCUUCAGUUUUCAACUCAAUUGCACAUUCGCUAGAACAGGUUUCAUGGUCCGCUUCUGCAAUUGCUUGAUUGCUACUGGAAAGAUAAAAAAGGACGGGGCUGAGCGAUGUUGUCCUAAAACGUUGAUGUUCCAGAAAAACGGGGGCUAGAUUGGGGUAAAUCAUCAUACGCCUUUUUUUACGUAACGACCUAUGCGGUCAUGCCGCCCUAUACAAGAUUUAGAGACUGAUUGAGUACUACACAGUCAGAUAGUCAAUUCUUGCUACGGGCAUUCAGGCACGUUGUUAAGUCGCGCGUUCCUUGUCAAUGCCAUUCAUAAAAAACCUGAUUGUGGAAUAUCUGGAGUACGCCUUAGCUGUUGAUACUAUUUGGGAGGUUGGAGUUGCAUUUGUCGUUGCAUUACCAUUGACAGAAUGUGUAGUGUCUUGUAUCAGCCAGCAGCAAUAGCGUUUAACACACUCAGAAUGCGUGACGUGUGCAUAUUAGAUGUUCAACGUUAGCGACGACAAUUACAGCUUCUGGGUGAUUUCUCCUCCCACGCAAGGGUGAUGUUUACCGACACGCUCCCGUGCGUCCCUCCGCCGAUGCACAUGACUGCAAAAUGGUCUGACUGAUCGCGAUGCACCUGCACCCUUGGAACACACUUCUUCCACGAUAUGCCACACGCGCCGGAAGUUGCAGUUGCAACACGAAAGCUGACUCGACCAGUUUGGUCGCAACAUUGAAGGAAGAGCUCGGUACAGCUAUGAAUUCUCGGUUCCUACUAGUGGCACUGCUAUUGCGGAUAUCACGGGCCGAUUGGGUCGAGAUACCGCAGGUCAAACCAUCGCCUCCGCUAACCCAAGGAGUAUCCAUCAGCACCACAAUCAAACCCGCCACCAUCGACGGUCACGUGUUAUCCCACUCGCAUCUGCUAUUGUCCCAUCUUUCUGGCGACCGGAGAAGAGUGGGCAGUCAUUGGUUGCCAUCUGUAGCUGGUGGUAGUGGCAGUAGCAGUAGUACCUCCUCUUAUAUCCGCUGGCAUCGACCUGUAAAUGAUUUACUCGAAAACCAUGGCCUAAACAUGAGCGAAUCUCGUCGGGUACCAGCCUGGGUGGGUACAACGACCUGGCAAGAAGCACAUCAACACCCGUCCUUUACGCUAGUGAAUAUUUCAAACAAGGUGGAACAGUUGCACGAUGCCGAAAGUGACGAGGACUCGCAUGGCGACGGUCAGUACCCGGUGGUACACACAGAGCUGCUUCCGUUCGGAAAUCGGUACGAGGAAGAGUCGAUCGAAUCGAUCGCUGCGAACGGAGCACCAAAGGCCAUCCUUCAUUAUGUGGCACCGUCCGUGGCUCACUUUGACGAUUUCGAUGACUACGACGAAAUAUUGCCGCAGGUGCAUCAGGUGAAGCCAAAACCUCCGAACAGCGAGAUAGAAGACGAGGAGGAGGAGGAGUACGUAGAAGAGGAAGACCUAGAAGAGGUGCACGAACCGGAUAGGACCAUCGAGGAAUUUGAAACAGUGGAGCAAGCGAAACUACCGAGUAAUCUUCAUGUGCAUCCCCAACCACCGACGGGACUAGGUGGAUUUCUCGACUUUCUCCGACGCAUGCAGGUCAGCUUCGUGCAGCGAACGGCACACACGAUCGGUGACAAGAUAAGAAUGCUGGCCGGGAUGCGCGAUCAGCUCCUGAGCACCAUUGAGCGACGGAUUGCCGUUCUAUGGCGGGGUAACAACGAUAUGUACCAGUCCGAGCAGCGUAGCCGGGUCAAGCGCGGUUGGAUGGAACCGCACGCAGACACGGAGGCCAUGGACUUCCCGUCAGCCGAAGGGGCGCUGCUUACCAUUUCUUUUCUCACCUUCGCCGUAUUUCUGAUCAAGCUGGUGCUACAGGUGAUCAACACGAUCAAGGCGAAACACUACACGUACAGCACAUUCGCGGCGGCCACACCGGUGUCGGGCGGAAUACUAGUUAAACGCACCCGGCGCCAAACGGUUGAACCGCACGAACUGCAGGUGAUCCUGGGUGCACUCAAUGGCUUUCGGCCCACGUAGUACACCACCUCAGGCGUGUGCUGCUUACUUUUUGGAGGCAAUUUUACAAGCUGUCUAUAAUUCAUUUCUCAUUUGAUUGAAACACGUGGCACAAGCAAUAAUAAAAAAGGAAAUCGUCUUGCUUUUAACCGUAGAGUUGGCAACCAGAUUUACACACGUAAGUUGGCAACCGGCAUACCCGGGUAUUCCACACGUUUUGAUGCAAAAAAUUAACGAUUUUCAUAGGUAAACAAUGCAUUAUAUAUUUUAAUGCUGUAUGCAAGUAAUGCCGACCAUAUAUUCUCUUCUAUUUCAUUUAUUCAUUUAGUUUAUUCAUUUUAUUAUAAAAAUAACGGUCAAAUUGAAAUUUGGAAUCGCUUGAAUUUGACUCGAAAAUAAGCACAAUACGAAAAGAGGAAGAAGAGAAACGUCAUUCUCCAUACAGAAUGUAUGGAAUACCCGGGUAUGCUGGUUGCCAACUUACGUGGUAAAGUUAAAAAAAAAUCAAAAUAAAAUACUUACAGACUGUUUUAAAUUACAAUUUAUGCACCAAAAAAUCAGAAAUUAAAAGUUGGGAGGCUACGGUAUAUUUCAAGUCAAUAAAAGCAAUGAAUCAAAAGUUAUUGCAGUUUAAAGUUUAAAAAAAUACCCGGGUAUCCGGUUGCCAACUUAGGCGGCGCUCUGGGACCAAUCGAACGAGACAAACAAACACGACUCUGUUCGAUAGGUGCUCUGUCAGCUGUUCGAUGUCUUAUAGACCUGUCAUGAUGCACUGCAGUACGCCUUUCUUUUCAUCUCGAAAAUGAAGCAUUUUCAUAGUUUAAAUGAAUAUCCACCUACAGGGGGAAGAUUCAACUCAUAAUUUACUAGUUAUUCACAUCUAUAAUAACAUAGAAAUCAUUCAAAUUUAAUAUUGAAAAAUGUAAACAAACGUCCAUGCCAAAACACAUACAGUGCAUACACAUGGAUUAUGUACACACAAUAGUUUAAUACGUGUCAAUCCUUUAUAUUUGAUGUUAUAAUUGAUUGAAAAGUUUAACAAUAAUUAUUGAUAGCUAUUUUAAAUAUUUUGCACGCAAUUUUAAGAAGAAAAAGAGACAAACUACGUAAACAAACUUAAAAAUGUCCCGAAUUGAAUUCUUUCUACUGUAGCUGUGAAGCGUUUGACAGCCAAGGUACUCACAGCACAGGUGGGUAUCGAACAUCAUAGACAGAAUCAACUGACAUGUUCGACUCGACGUUUGUCUUGUUUGUUUGUUUGUGUCUGACAGUGCACCUCCAUAUGAUUAUAUGGGUUUGUUCGUGUCGGAUGUCGUGUUCGAUUGCUGCUAGAGCGCCGCCUUAAAGGUUAAAUCAAGGUGUUAUAAAUGACAAGGUGAAGUUGUUCAGAGCAAAAUGACAUUUCUCGACUUGACAUUUCUCUUCCGUGGGCCAAGGUGUGUUUAUUAAGGAGGUGAAUUGUUAGCGCGUUUUCCGGGCGCCAUCAUUGAGUAUUGUUAUGUCAAAUCGCAUACAAUUUUCUAUACCCCCCUCCAGCCAUCCCCAAUUUUAAUACCGGAGCCACCAGUAUUGUUAUGUCAAGUCGUGAAAUGUCAAUUUGCUCUGAAGCACUUCACCUCCUAAUAUCCAUACACCUUGCCGUGGGCUUCGGUAUAAAAUUUGGGUAGGGCUCAAGGAUAAUACGGACGUCACACGAAGCGUAAACUUUGGCGUAAACUGAAUUUCAGCCAUACAACCCUGAAAUCUUUUGACAGGAAGUUUACGCUCUCCCAUACAAAUCAAGCGUAAACUUUUUGAGUUUACGCCUCGUGUGACGUCCGUAUAAUGUAUUUAGAAGGUUGAUUUUUAUCGAUUAUGCUGGGCGACAUUGUGGGGGACAUCUGUCACUCUCUGCAUACAAAUUUCAUUACCCCGCACCAGCCCUCCCCGAUUUUUAUACCGGAGCCCACGGAAGAGAAAUGUCAAGUCGAGAAAUGUCAUUUUGCUCUGAACAACUUCACCUUGUCAUUUAUAACACCUUGCGUACGACGGAAUCAAAAAUUUUUGGUUUCGUCGGACGCCGCAUCCGAUUUUAUCUGUCAAACUAAAUGUGUGGUGUUUUGUAGGAACAAUCUCAAAUUUAUUUUUCAUAAUCGUUAUAUUAUUCAGAUCAUCCAAUUAAUCGCAAUAUUACAGUCAUUAUCCGAUAUACGCUAUCGUACGGGACCGAGUGCAACAGCGUAUCUCGAGUUUUCGCGUAUAUCGGAUUCCUAUGGAAAAAUGGUUUACACUACCGGUUCGAGGGUUGAAAUAUAUCGCCACAGAGUUUUGCAUAAAAGUUUUUUGUUAUAAAACAUGUAUCUUUUGCACAAAUUUAAUGCAAAAUGCAUUAAGAACAUUAAGGAAAUUCGAAAAGAGCAUUAAAUAUUUCAAAUAAUAAAAAUAUUUGCAAAAAACACAUGGAGCUGUCAAAUUUAGAUGAAUCGCGUACAGGCGGUCCCCGAGAUACACGGUACCUCUUAUACGCGGAUUCGGAGAUACGCGGUUUUCUAAAUGUGACAGUUCGUUGAACAAAUUGUACUGAUUUGACACAUCAAUUGUAAAUUGCCAAAUAAUUUCCGUUUUGAUCGAAUGUUAAAAACCAUUUCAAAACGUUUAAAACUGUUAUAUUCCGUCAGAAUCAUAUCAAAUAAUUUAUAAAGCGACUAAAACCGCCCCCUACUUGCAAAAUUACACGAAAAUUAUUGAUAUUUUGGCUAAAAAUCACGAGAUUCGACUUACGCGGAAAUUCGAGAUACGCGGUAUUUUGCGGUCGUUUUCGGUCCCCAUUAACCGUGUAUCUCGGGGACCGCCUGUACUGCGAAUUCGCGUAUAUCGAGUAUCGCGUACUGCGGAUAAUUGCUGUACAGGCGGUCCCCGAGAUACACGGUACCUCUUAUACGCGGAUUCGGAGAUACGCGGUUUUCUAAAUUUGACAGUUCUUUGAGCAAAUUGGACUGAAUUGACACAUCAAUUGUAAAUUGCCAAAUAAUUUCCGUUUCGAUGGAAUGUUAAAAACUAUUUCAAAUGGUUUAAAACUGUUAUAUUCCGUCAGAAUCAUAUGAAAUAAUUUAUAAAGUGACUAAAAUCGCCCCCUACUUGCAAAACUAUACGAAAAUUAGUGAUAUUUUAGCUGGAAAUCACGAGAUUCGACUUACGCGGAAAUUCGAGAUACGCGGUAUUUUGCGGCCGUUUUCGGUCCCCAUUAACCGUGUAUCUCGGGGACCGCCUGUAUGUAGAAACGCUCUGACAGUUUAACCCUAGAGUUGGCAACCAGAUUUACACACGUAAGUUGGCAACCGGCAUACCCGGGUAUUCCACACGUUUUGAUGCAAAAAAUUAACGAUGUUCAUAGGUAAACAAUGCAUUAUAUAUUUUAAUGCUGUAUGCAAGUAAUGCCGAUCAUAUAUUCUCUCCUAUUUCAUUUAUUAAUUAAGUUUUUCCAUUUUAUUAUAAAUAUAACGGUCAAAUUGAAAUUUAGAAUCGCUUGAAUUUGACUCGAAAAUAAGCACAAUACAAAACGAGGAAGAAGAGAAACGUCAUUCUCCAUACAAAAUGUAUGGAAUACCCGGGUAUGCUGGUUGCCAACUUACGUGGUAAAGUUUAAAAAAUUCAAAAUAAAAUACUUACAGACUGUUUAAAAUUAAAAUUUAUGUACCAAAAAAAUCAUAAAUUAAAAGUUGGGAGGCUACGGAAAAUUUCAGGUCAAUAAAAGCAAUGAAUCAAAAGUUAUUGCAGUUUAAAGUUUAAAAAAAUACCCGGGUAUCCGGUUGCCAACUUAAAGGUUAAAUCAAGGUGUUAUAAAUGACAAGGUGAAGUUGUUCAGAGCAAAAUGACAUUUCUCGACUUGACAUUUCUCUUCCGUGGGCUCCGGUAUAAAAAUCGGGGAGGGCUGGAGCGGGGUAAUGAAAUUUGUAUGCAGAGAGUGACAGAUGUCCCCCACAAUGUCGCCCAGCAAAAGCGAUAAAAAUAAACCUUCUAAAUACAUUAUCCUUGGUUUAAAUAGACAUAGUGCGACAAAGUCGCGCGUGACAAAUGCCUACUUUGUUGGUAACCUGGUAAAAAUACCAGGUGGUGGAAAAGGGCUUUUGGGGCGUCACCAUAGUUAAUAGUUAUGGGCGUUUCGGAGCGCACCAAUGGCUCCGGAGCCGGCUCCGCUCCGACGGCUCCGGAGCCGGCUCCGCUCCGACGGCUCCGGAGCCGGCUCCGCAUCAACGGCGCCGUUGCCGGUUCCAGCCUACCGGCUCUGCACUCACGGCUUCGUUCCAACGGCUGCGAACCACCGGCUUCGGGACCACCGUUCCGGAGCCGGCGACGAAUCAACGGCUCCAGACCAACGGCUCAGAACUAACGGUUCAAUAGAGUCAUCAUUGUAUGAUAGCGUAAUAAAUAACGAAUAUAUAUUCUCGCACGUGUGGAAGCUAACACACGAUAUGAUUGCAGUAUUGACAUGCAUGACGUUGUGUUGCAUUCGUUACCGUAGCAAUAGACGAUGCGCAAUCUCAGAUUGCGCAUAUAUUUAUCUGUCAAACGGGUCGGUUUGAUAUAUUUAUCUGUCAAAAAAACUUUAUAUAUCUCGGACAUAUAAUCUUGAAAAUUUAUGCGCAAUCUUGGCGCAAUCUGAAAAUGUAUGGAAAUGACGUUUAUAGCUCAGGGUUGGCUACGCGAAAUGACUUAUGUUUUGAUAAAACGAAUAUAUGCGCAAUCUGAGAUUGCGCAUCGUGUAUUAAUACGGUUAGGCUCGUGGCAACGCUCAUCGGAUGCGAUUUUAUCGGACGAGAUUUAUAUGGGAUUUGACAGAUAACGUCGGACGUGCGAUUUCGUCGUCCGACGUUAUCUGUCAAAUCCCAUAUAAAAAAUUGACAGGCCGUCCGAUAAAAUCGCAUGCGAAAAAGCGUUGCCACCACCCUUAGUCUCGUCUUUCUGAACAACAUUCAAAACUAAUCGAUGUUUUUUAUUGAUAAAUUCUUUUAAACAUGACCUACUCCGCUAUUUACGCAUUUCCUCGAUUGAAACUUCAUUGAAAAAGUUAUUUUGGUCCUUUGUGUAAAAACCGGUUCCGGAGCCAUGGGUACGGAGUCGGCUCCGGAGCCGUCCCAAGUGCCACAAAUCCACUAAACGACCACUAAACGGAUUCUAAACGACUUAAGUUCUCUACCUAAACGGAAUAUAGAAAGACUUCGUUUAGCAGACGGCAAACGACUCAUGCAUUCUAAAAAUAGCAAAAAAGCUGGUGGCGCUCUCUGUUGGUGGGAUACCCCAACCAGUGGAACUUCAUCGCUUGGAGGAGAGCUUUCUCAUUUCCUCUGUACUGUUGUAUGGUUUCGCAUUGAAGUUGUGCAUCGCUAGAACUAGAACGGCGAUACGAUUGUUUAAAUACUAAACUCCAACGGAAACCACCAGUACUGAAGCAAGUGAGAUUUGAGUAAUGGUCGUUGGUGUUGAUACCCACGUAUCUGACCACACGACCAUUCAUAUAGAUUUUUGCUCAGAAAUUUAGAUCAUGAUAAGAUGAAACUUGUCAAAACACAUUGCAAGAAAAGGAUAGCAAUAUAAUGAUGAGUUGUAAUACGCCAUCUAUUGAUCAGACCAAUGAAGCUGUGGAACUUUCAUUUUUUUUCUAUGGAUAUUCAAUUUUCCAGUCGUUUAAGCUUAAUCUGUGGCGCUUGGGGUUGGUGCGGAGUCGGAUUCGGAGCCGGCUCCUGAGCCGUGGGUGCGGAGCCGGCUUAGUCUCGUCUUUCUGAACAACAUUCAAAACUAAUCGAUGUUUGUUUUUGAUAAAUUGUUUUAAACAUGACCUACUCCGCUAUUUACGCAUUUCCUCGAUUGAAACUUCAUUGAAAAAGUUAUUUUGGUCCUUUGUGUUAAAACCGGUUCCGGAGCCAUGGGUACGGAGUCGGCUCCGGAGCCGUUGGUGCGGAGCCAGCUCCGGAGCCGUGGGUGCGGAGCCGGCUCCGGAGCCGUAGGUGCGGAGCCGGCUCCGAAAUUGUCUGGAGCCGAUCGGAGCCGGCUCCGGCUUCGGAGCCGUUUUGCCCAUCACUAAUAGUUAAAGGACUUUACGUCAUUUUAAAAUCGUUAACCAUUGAUUUCCGCACACAAAGCAUAGCAAAUAGAACAGAUUUCUUUGUUACUACGUG